CUGCCGCCGGAAAAGCGGCGGAUAGGCCAUGUAUUUCAAGACGAUUUGCUUUUUCCACACCUGACCGUGCGUCAAAAUCUCCUGUAUGGGUAUCAAUUUCUCGCGCCGUCAGAACGCAAAUUUCAUCCCAAUGCUAUUGUCGAUCUGCUCGAGUUAAACACCCUGCUCGACCGCCUUCCGAAUCUCCUCUCAGGCGGCGAACGCCAGCGCGUCGCCCUGGGCCGAGCCAUACUGACUUCUCCCAGACUGCUCAUCAUGGAUGAACCCUUGACCGCGCUCGACCAGGAGCUCAAAGACCGCAUCAUGCCCUAUCUGCGCCACAUUCGCACAAAUUUGGGCAUACCCAUGCUCUAUCAUACGUUCUGCCACGCAUUGUGA